CUUUCUCCCCUUCUCCUGCCCGUUCCGAUUUCCCUUCGAGGAGACAGGCGUGGCUUUUGCACGCCGGAGAGAGAGAGAGAUCGAUGGCGUUGAAUCGCGGAGUUUCGUGCUCGGCUGUAUCCCGGGAACUCCUGUCGGUGGGAAAUGGAGGAGGUGUUCAUGAGACGCUGCUGCUUAAUUCCAAACAUGCUAAGAAAAAAGCCACAGGCUUACAAACAACCAGGCUGCCAAGAAGCAAUCUUUUGGAUAGAGUGCAGAAUUUUUUGCCACAGAUGGCCAGCGCAAAUGACCAGCUAAGAGAGGAAAUGGACAACACACCUGUUCAAGAGUUUGAUAUUGAACACAUAGAUCCUUCAAUUGAAAACGUCAUUGAAAUGAAUGUGGCUUUGGUUGAAUUGAGCGGCUCUGAUACAGAGGAAGAUGACUCGCCCUCCGAAGAUGACUCGGAAAGUGAGGAUAGCUCAGUGUCUGAAGAAGUGACUGUAGACAACAUUAAGCUCCCAAAAUCAAAAGGACAAGGCAGAAUAGAAGUCUUGAACAGUAAAAGCAGUUAAUAAAUCAGUAAUCAGUAAUCACAGUUCCAGUUUUCCAUUACCCAUGUUGUGGCACAACCCUCUCAAGAUGCUCUUGUGGAGCUAUUUGGUCUUCCAGUUGUCUUGCCUACACAAUGACUUACUGCCUGAGCCUCAUAUUGCUUAAAAGUAUGCAAGCUCUCUUGCAAGAUAGAAGAUAUUAAGUUGGUACUCUGUUUUCUUUGAGGAGGUCAGUGUGGAGAGAAGAACAGAAGAAAACCUUUGAUUGAACAGAGACGGGAGACCAUGCAUUUUUAAGUUGUGUUUCUGUUUCCUCUAUAGUAGAUGCAGACGGUUAGGAGACUGAAACCAAAUGGUAUAACAUAUCCAACAUAAAUUUAUUUAAUAAUAUAAUUGGCACCCACAGCUUUAUGAAGAUUACACAUUUUUUUUUUGCAAAUACAUUUCUAAAAUAGUUGCUAUGAUUAUUUUUAUAUGUAUCAUUGAACACAGUUGAGUUCUAUUUCAUACAAAACCAUAGUAAGUGCACUUCCUUGAUUUUUUUUUUUUUACAAUGUUUAUAGCAAAAUGGUUUUCUUUGUCACCUAAAACCGGCUGAAUCUGAAUCAGGAGAACCACUAUGCUGGCGUGAAGCACAUUUUUUAGAAACAAAAUCCCACAUGAUUACUUUGGACUAACAAAGAGCAUUUAACAAUUUGCUUCU